AUGGUAGAGCAUCAUCAUCCAUCUUCACAUACACCUGCGGUUGCGGGCACACUUGGGUAUUUAGUGCCCGAGAGCGUCAUAACAGGGAAGGCAAGUCCAGAGGCGGACAUGUACAGCUUUGGGGCAGUGACUCUGGAAAUUGCCUGCGGAAGGCGGCCCGUUGACCUCUGUCUUAAUGAACAUAACUGCAGACUGGUAGAAUGGGUUUGGGAUUUAUACGCACGCGGAAAGAUUUUAUGUGCUGCGGAUGAGAAACUGGGCGGACAAUUUAACGAGAAGGAAAUGGAGAGAAUGUUGUUGGUGGGAUUGUUGUGCUCUCAUCCAGACCCUGCGUCAAGGCCAAAAAUGAGAGAGGUGACAAAGAUAUUGAAAUGGCUAGCUGAAUUGCCAUUUGUUCCUCUUGGUUUGCCUGUCGCUGUGUAUAGCCAGCGCAUUCCUCCUGAUGUCAUCUCAAGCUCGUCGGUUUUCACGUCUUCAAUGGCUUCAAACUGCCCUGAUGAAAUGUCAGCGUCUGCAUUGUUCGUCCUGGAACCUCGCUAG